AUGUUUCGUUCAAGACAGUUUCGAGGGAGACGACGUUGGAGAUGGUGGCGAAGGCGAGAAACGAGGAAGCAACGAGGGGUCUUGGCUCGACUCAUUGAUUGGUGGACGCGAAGACAAUUCUACACAUUUCACAAGGAUGAGAUCAUUACGCAAACGGAAACGUGUCCUUCGCCAUCACAGGUGGAACAGCAACCCCCACAGGAAGAUGUUGAUGAAUGGAACAAUGAAUCGGAAUCUGACGAUGCUGGCGACUUGACAUCCAACGACGACCAAGUCGAUGAAUACCGUUACGAUUACAACCAAUCUGACUCGGGCUCGGCCACUGAUGAAGGAGAAAUGUUAGAGACAAUUCAUGAAGAAGCUUCGUUGGAGGCUUCUCCGCCAAGAGUGCGCUCCAUACCAGUCGUCACUCCGUCACCGCCAACGAAGUUACAAACAGCAACAGACCCGAUUUCGCCGCCGUCGUCUCUAAAGAUAUAUCAAUCUGGCAAAGAGGACUCUGUCUCGGGUUCUUUGGAAAGUCUUGACUCAUUAGUCUCGUCUCAAUGGGACCCCGAAGAUGAUGCGUCCACAACAACUCCGCUCGUCACAAAUAUCUCUCAAACCACUGACGCCUUCUUUGUCGAACACGUCAAGUUUCUACAGAUACAGACCCAGCCACGAAAGGUAGAAGAAGUGUAUCAUAACGAAGAAGAGGAUGGGGCAAGUCAGGAGUAG